AUUUCCCUCUCUCUCUUUUUCUGAAAAAAACGCCAACUUUUUCUAGAGAGAGAAAAAACAAAGUAUAAGUUGUAAAGUCUUUGUGUUUACAUUAUCAUCAUUUCAUUUCAUUUCAUUUCAUUUCGUUUCCUUUGAAAGAAGAAAAAAAGCAUCUCUCUUCAGUUCAGGAAUUUUCUGUCUAACUCUCAGACUAUUCAUGUCGCAGGACAAAGGUCGGCCAUUGCCAAAGUUUGGUGAAUGGGAUGUCAAUGAUCCUGCUUCAGCUGAGGGAUUCAGUGUGAUUUUUAACAAGGCCAGGGACGAAAGAAAGGCAGGCAACAAGCCUGACUCACCAGGAAAAGAUGAAACUUCUCUGUAUAACAAACCUAGACCAGUUACAGGCAAACCUCAUUCUAAAAAAUGGUUCUGCUGCGUGCAACCUGCGUAUGCGGAUUCUUGAGAAGGGGACUCUCACCUGAGAUGGCCGAGCCUUCAUUUAAAGAAAGUUCAUCUACUAUAUAUAUACCUUUUCUCCCCCGCCAUUAUUUUCCACGAGACCGAAGCUGUGGUGGGAUUUUGCAGUGAUCUGUUUGCUAGGCUCCGCUACUGACCGAGGUUGAUGAGAAGUAUGGGGUCUGGUGGAGGGAGUUAAGGAUGACAGAUGAACACUCUUGUUGUAUUUAAAUAUAUUUUGUACUACUGACUCGUGUUGACAUCAUUAAAGCUGACCCUUAUUCUGCUUCCUUCUUUUUUUUGCUCGAUUUUUUGAAGUUCUCCAUUGCUGCUUUUGGGUCUGAUGCAAAUUUGUUUUAUGACAAAAAAAAAGAAGUUAUAAAUUUGGUUUAUUUGAGUGAA